UUUUGAUACACUCUCGUGUGCGGAUAAUAUGUGGUUUAGGACGUACCCAUUCCGAGGGACUGGUGCAGCUUUCCUGGAAAGCCUCUUACCAGGAAAAACCGCUCGGCUACGCGUUUACUGGCGCGUGCACACACACACACACACACACAGAGCGGAGGACCAAUCAACGCGCACCGGAGCUCGGGAGCGCAGUUCCGUGAAACGCGCUGCUCAGGCACAUAGCCGCUCCUCCACAAAAGCCGUUUCUCGGAAAGCGCUUCCCGGUGAUCUGCUUUUCCAAAGAGGCUGAACACUUCUCACGUUCGAGGUGUGAGCGCGACGUGUGUCGUACUGCUGCCAAGACGACAGGAAGCGUGUGAGACGGCGCGCAAGUCGGAUUGUGAAGGAUGUUGGACUUCGGAAAAAAUUAUUCUUAUCAUCCACACCGGAUAUAACUAAUGCGAAUUAAUUCGUGAUGCUCUUGUGCGUGAAAAGGAUUCCGAUACCACCUUCAGCCAUGGUUACUGGAGAGAUGAGAGUUACAGACAACUUAGAAGUAUCAGAAGCUCCUUGUAACCAACUGGUCCCGGUUUCUGUUCAGUCAUGGGACUCGUUCGACAAUCUCCGAUGCAUCCAUGCUACAUUUCAGCACCUGAACGCCUCAGGCUGGUACUGGGGGAACAUUUCAGCUGGCCAAGCUGGAGACGCUCUGGCAGGCACUGCAGAGGGCACGUUCCUCGUGCGCGACAGCAGCCACACACACUACUUCUUCACCCUUUCAGUAAAGACGAACAGAGGCCCCACCAAUAUACGCAUUGAGUACAGCGGCAACCGCUUCCGUCUGGACAGCAGUUCUGGCGCCUGUCCUCGGCUGCUGUCCUUCCCCACCGUGUCCGAUCUGGUUCAGCACUACGUGGGCACCAGCAAGAGACAGGGGAGAUCUAAGCCAGAGGAAGAUGCUCCGGCAGCACUGAAGGAAAAUACAGUUCUGCUGAAGCUCAGGCAGCCUCUGUAUAAACCCAAGACCUUUCCAACGUUACAGCAUUUGGUCCGCCUCACCGUAAACAGACACACCAACUGCCCAGAGCAGCUGCCCCUACCACGUCUUUUGCUGUUCUACCUACAGGACUACCCCUUUAAAGUAUAACAUCUUCUGAAAGAGACCACUGGAUAAGUGUUUAAAUGAUGCAGCAGCUCUGUGCAAUAGGACUAAGGGGGCUGGUGAAGAUUGGCACCGAAUCCCAAAGAGCGCUUUGAGAAAUGUGUUUUGACAUUCAUGCCUCAGGCCAGAAUGUCAAAUGGAGCAUAAUUAUUCUGGGACCAGAAAGCACUUAUUUGAAUAUUACAAAACAUUCUAACUCUUGAACGACUAUGUAAUUGCUCAUAUUUAAAAAAUGUAUAGGACUAUAUCAGGAACCAAACCCUCAUCUAUCAGUACUGAGAUCUAUUACGUGACUCACAAUGGCAAACACUUGAUGCAGUUAAUUGCAUGCCAAACACUUCUCUGGAUUACCAAACAAGUAUUGUGGGGGCGGUUAUGAAGGGCUGGAGCAUGUUCUGGCACUGAGAGAGCAAACUUUCGAGCACCCUCUCAGAGACAAUGACAGUCAUAGAAAGCGAGUGACUUUUGAAUAACAGGUCAGCAGGCUCUGCAUUUGUUCCGUCUGCCUGUGAAUUGCAGGCUAGUUAUGAGGAGCUGUUUCCUGCAUCCUGUUUACAAAUGAACAAAAUUUGUUCAACUGAAACUCAAAGUUCCUGUAAAGAUUAUUGUCUGUACACGUUUUCAGUUCAUAGUAAAAUAUUUCAAGCAAACAUUGCAUUUGGUUCAUCCAAACAAGAAUGUUGGUAUACUAAUUUAUUAAUCUUUUACUAAUACACUUUUUAAUAUUUUUAAUAUUGAAACAGUUUUUUUUUUAUCUUUUACAUCUUUUAUAACCCUGUUUACAAGCUGGUAAUAUAAUCUAUAAGCCUGCUCUUGAAAGUAGGUCAACUCAGUAUGUCCUGACACAUUACUGGAAUCGAACACUAAUGACAUCAUUCAACAUUUCCAAGUAGACAUAGAUUUUAUCAUCUGCUACUUUGUUAGAGUUUGGUGAUUCGGAAAACGUACACAUGUUUUCAAUAAAGCACUGAAACUGACCUUUACUGUAGCUUUUCUGAGCGCAGAAACGAGUCAAGGUUUUUCACACUGCUUCUUCACUGAGGUACAGUAGUGUAUUCGAUGCUACAUUAUAUCAAAUAUUCCCC